AAGUUCAGUAUUCCUACAAAAUCAUAUUUAAGUUAACAUUUGCCCGCAAUCAUCCGAGGAGAAUCCAGGCAUGAACUUGAUCCCACUAGCAAUUGGCAUAAUAGCCAUUUUUGUGCAACUACUCGUUCAAGAUGUGCAAGCAGAUGUCGGAGUUCGUGCCAGCUCACCUUUGGAAAUUGAACUAUUAACGAUAGCUGACUAUGCUGCCUUUAAUAAAUUUUACAAGCUGACGCCGACCACACUGUCACAUUCGAAAAGAGUUGAGAUGGCCAAACAAAACUUGACGACUUGGUAUACGACAAUGAUACAUUCUACAAAUCUCGUAUACAAAGGCCUGGAAGAUCAUAACAUAUUUAUUUCUAUAAAGCUGGUUGACUUCCGGAUAAUGACCACGGAGGCCGAUUCACCAUGGACAGAAACAACAAAGUUCCAAGUAGACUCAACUUAUUAUGUCGACUCUGAUGAUGUACAUCCAUUAUUUAAAGCCACGUCCCUCGAAUAUCAGAAAACUGUCCCUCACGACCAUGCUAUGCUUUUUACUGGGUAUGAAUUGAGACAUGGUCCACAUGGAUCAAACUAUGCAGGUAAUGCUUAUAUAGCGGCAGAAUGUAAAUCUAAGGAGUCAGAUCAUUGUUGA